ACAAAAAUUUCUAACUGCCUUUUCAUCGUCUUCCAAACAACAUUUUCUUUUCCGAUGGUGUUUUCGGUUAUAUCGGCUUUAACCGCGAGCUGGUUAUCGCCUACCGCUCUUUUCAUCUUCCUCAACAUCGUGAUCGCCACCAUCUUCCUUAUCUCCCGUCUCUCUCCUUACAAAACGCAGAACGUCGUCGUCGACGACUAUAACUCAUCCCGGCCGUCACUACAUCGACCUCCAUCGUUCCUCGACCGCGUCAAGUCUUUCAACUUCUCGAAUUGCAGAUUUCCUCUGUCGAACACUGAAUUCGACCACCAUCUCCAUUCCAAUGACGGCUCAGCAGCCCAUCGGCCGUCGAUACUCGAACGAGUCAAGUCCUUUUACAAAUAUUCUCCUCAAGGUCCAGAAAUGGAUUAUAUUCAACCAGCUCAGCAAGAACUCAGCCGACCUCCGUCUCUAUCAGAUCGAGUCAAAUCAUUCGAUUUCACCUCCUUUUACAAAUCGGACUCCAUUAAAUCAAACCAAAUGAAACCCUCUGUAACUGAAGAGAUUCCGGUUCAUGGUGAAGUAGAGAGAGUCCAAGCAGAGCUUAAGGUAAGGCGAAGGGAAAAUUUACCAGAGAAGAUGAAGAAAUCAACAAGAGAGAAAGAGAGGCGGAAGGUUGAAGAAGAGGAGAUAAUAAGACGAACAGCAAGUACAGGGAACGAGAAAACGACGGCGUUUGAAGAAGAUGAUCACGGUGUUGAUGCAAAAGCUGACGAUUUCAUCAACAAGUUUAAGCAACAACUUAAGAUGCAGAGGCUCGAAUCCCUCUUACGUUACAGGGACGUUCUUAAGGCCAAAUGAUUUAAGUAAGUUUUACUCAA